AUAUGAUCGCCCAAAAUUUUAUAUCUUUUUUUUACUUUAUACUCGUAAAUUUUAUUUAUUUUAAAAAAAAAUGAGUAUAUUAAAUAAUAAAACUCAAGUUCCAAUAAAGUCUAAAUUAAGUGAUUCAAACAUAGGCCUCGACCAUAAAAAUUGUUCUUAUUGUAACCAACCGUUUAUUGAAAAAUUAUGGUGUAAAAAAUGCGACCCGUAUAAGAUAAUUGAAGGAUGGACAAGCGAAAAUCCUGAUAUUGACAAAUUCAUCAAAGAUACAAUGUAUUCAAGAAAAUAUGGAACAUGGCUUGAAUGGGUACCAUUUGAUAGGUUUACAAAUAUAGAACAAAUUGGCGAAGGCGGAUUUUCCAAGGUGUAUUCUGCAACCUGGAUAGAUGGUAAGGCAGAUUACAAAUAUGAAUAUGGUAAUUGGAAAAAAUUAGAUCCUAAACCUAUUAAAGUUGCUUUGAAAAAAUUGAAUGAUUCACAUGAAAUGUCAGUUGACUAUUUAAAUGAGCUUAAAAUACAUUGGGAUGUUUAUUUAGAAGAAAAUUUUACUUUGGGAUUUUAUGGAAUGACUAAAGACCCAGUAACUAAAGAAUUUAUGAUGAUUAUUGAGUUUAUGAACGAAGGAAGUUUGAGAAGUAUUCUUUUAAAUGAAUUUAACGAAAUUUCAUGGAGUAGUAAAAUUAGAAUUUUAGGUCAUUUAAUAUUAGGGCUUAAUAACUUACACAAGUUAGGAUAUUUCCAUAAAAACCUUCAUAGCGGAAAUAUACUAAUCUUUAAUAGCAAGUAUUAUAGUCGUAAAGGUUAUAUUUCAGAUUUUGGAUUAACUGGACCAGCAAAUAAAAAAAAAUCAGAUAAUAAAAUAUAUGGCAUAUUGCCAUAUAUUGCUCCAGAAGUUUUGAAUGGAAAACAAUAUACGUUAUCUUCAGACAUUUAUAGUUUUGGUAUAAUUAUGGCCGAAUUAUCAUCCGGAAAACCACCUUUUUAUGAUAGAAAAUAUGAUUUGAAUUUGGCACUAGAUAUAUGUAAUGGGUUCAGGCCAGAAUUUGGAAAAGGGACUCCUGAAAUUUAUAAGAAAUUAGCUUAUAGAUGUAUGAAUUCUAAUCCAAAUCAAAGACCAAAAGCAGAUGAAUUAAACAAAAUAUUAAUAUUUUGGUAUCAUUCUAUUAAUGGAGAAAUUUUUAGUUACAAAGGAGGUGAAGUUAAAGCUAUAUUUGAAGAAGCUGAUAGUGAAGUUGAAACUAUAUUUGAAGAAGCUGAUAGAGAAAUACCAAAUAUUCCAACAUCAUAUGGAAAAAAUUCUAAUAUUGUAGUACAUACUAGUAGCCAAAUAUUUUCAUUUAGAAAUUUACCAAAUCCUAGUAAUUCAUCUAUUAUUAAUUCCUAUUUUGAAGAAAAUAUGGACAAUAAAGAUAUCUCAGAUAAGUAUGAAAUUUGUUCUUAUUGUGAAAAACCGAUUACUGAAGAAUUAUGGUGUAACGAAUGUGAUCCUCUUUAUAUGAUUGAUGGAUGGACAAGUGAUUUUCCUGAUAUUGAUAAGUUUAUAAAAGACACAAUGUAUAAUGCAAGAGAUUAUAAUUAUUAUUUCCUCGAAUGGGUACCAUUUGAUAGAUUUGCAGGUAUAAAGCAAAUUUGUGAGGACGAAUUAGCUAAAAUGUAUUCUGCAACAUGGAUAGAUGUUAAAUCAAAAUAUGAAAAACUAGAUGAUGGGAAUUGGAAAAAAUAUAAAUCCGAAUCUAUGGAAAUUGUUUUGAAAAGUUUAAAUGAAUCACAAGAUAUUUCACCUAAAUAUUUAAAUAAGUAAAAUGGAUAUUACGUUAAAAUUUUAUGGAAUGACUAAAAAUCCAGAAACAAAAGAAAUUAUGAUGAUAAUAGAAUCGGAAAAUGUAAGAACUUUGAGAAAUAUUCUUAUAAAUGAUUUUUGGAGUAUUUUAUGGAAGAGCAAAAUU